UAAUUAAUUCAUUAUGUAUAGUCACAUAAAUCAUACUCACUAUGGUUAACACAUGAUAAUCAAUACAGUGCCAUUUAAAAGUACUAAUAGUUUUCAUUUCAUACCUUAAGGGAUGGCAGUGAUAAAAGAAAAGAGGAAAUGCUUGGAGUAGGAUAUUUUCAGCUGUUCCGUUUUGCCACAUGGGUCGACAUCGCGAUGAUGGUGGUGGGAGGUGUGUGUGCACUCAUCCAUGGUUCCGCCUUCCCUCUUAUGCUGCUCAUCUAUGGCAUGAUGACGAACACCUUUGUGGCCUAUGAGCUGGAGGUUCAGGAACUGGCAGAUCCCAAUAAAACCUGCAUCAAUAACACCAUCACCUGGACUAACGGCUCAGUAGUCGAGAUGGCAGAUAAUCGUACUAGAUGUUGUUUUUUCUUACACAGUGUGGAUAUUGAAGCACAGAUGACCAUGUUUGCUUAUUACUAUACUGGCAUUGGCCUGGGAGCAUUCAUUCUUAGUUACCUUCAGAUUGCUUUGUGGGUUUCUGCAGCUGCAAGACAGACACAAAGAAUCAGAAAAACAUACUUUAGAAAGAUCAUGUGCAUGGAAAUUGGCUGGUUUGACUGCAAUUCUGUUGGGGAGCUAAACACAAGAAUAUCUGAUGAUAUUAAUAAAAUCAACAAUGCAAUAGCAGACCAGGUAGCCAUCUUCAUUGAGAGGCUGUCCGCUUUCAUUUUUGGUUUCCUGGUGGGCUUUAUUGGUGGAUGGAAGCUUACACUAGUGGUGAUUGGCGUGAGCCCAUUGAUAGGCCUGGCAGCAGGACUCAUGGCGAUGGCAGUAGCCCGGCUGACGGGACGUGAGCUACAGGCCUAUGCCAAGGCAGGCGCCAUAGCUGAUGAAGUUCUCUCAUCCAUCAGAACAGUAGCAGCAUUCAGUGGAGAGGACAAGGAGACAGAAAGAUAUGACAGAAACCUUGAGGAGGCUCAAACCUGGGGGGUGAAGAAAGGGAUCAUCAUUGCAACAUUUCAGGGUUUUCUGUGGUGUAUCAUCUUCCUCUGUUAUGCCCUUGGAUUCUGGUAUGGUUCAAAGCUUGUCAUUGACACCAAGGAGCUUACGCCUGGAACCCUGAUCCAGGUGUUCUUUGGUGUCCUUACGGGAGCUUUGAACUUGGGUCAGGCUUCUCCAUGUCUAGAGGCCUUUGCUUCAGGUCGUGCUGCAGCGAAAAGCGUUUUUGACACCAUCAACAGAGUACCAAAAAUUGAUUGUUUUACAGAGGAAGGGCAUAAGUUGGAAAGAGUGAAAGGUGACCUCGAAUUCCAUAAUGUUAAGUUCAGCUAUCCCUCCAGACCUGACAUCAAGAUUUUGGAUGAUUUAAACUUGGUGGUUAAAUCAGGGGAGACUACAGCAUUUGUUGGACCUAGUGGAUCUGGAAAAAGUACGGUAGUCCAACUCAUUCAGAGAUUUUAUGACCCCCAACAAGGAAUGGUCACUCUGGAUGGCCAUGACAUUAGAAGCCUGAAUAUCCAGUGGCUACGCUCACUGAUAGGCAUUGUAGAGCAGGAGCCUGUUCUCUUUGCCACCACAAUCUCAGAAAAUAUUCGCUAUAGCCAACCAGGAGUCACCAUGGAGGAGAUCAUACAGGCCUCCAAAGAGGCAAAUGCUUACAACUUUAUCAUGGCCCUGCCUCAGAAGUUUGACACGCUGGUUGGAGAUAGUGGAAGCCAAAUGAGUGGUGGGCAGAAGCAGAGGAUUGCAAUAGCUCGAGCACUGGUCAGAAAGCCCAGAAUCCUUCUGUUGGACAUGGCCACUUCAGCCCUGGACAACGAGAGUGAAGCUGUAGUGCAGGAAGCUCUGGAUAAGGCCCGCAUAGGCAGAACCACAGUCACUAUUGCUCAUCGCUUGUCUACAAUUCGUAAAGCUGAUGUGAUUGUGGGCUUCGAACAUGGGAGUGCUGUGGAAAGGGGCUCACACAGUGAACUACUGGAAAGGAAAGGGGUCUACUUCACCCUUGUUACACUUCAGAAUCAAGGAAGUGAUGCAUCCAAUUACAAAACAAACACAUCUGAGACCAGCAUACUUGAGGAUGAUGGGUUUGAAACAAUGACCAGUUUCAGCAGAGGAAGUUCUGUGUCUGAUUUAAGAUCACAGUCUCAAAUGUCAAAUCACUGGCAUGAUGACAUAUGUGAGGUGGAAGUUAAGUCUGGCAGUUUCAGAAUGGAUAUAGUCAAAAAAACAAAGAAAAUGGAGGAUGCAAUGGAGGCGACUGAAUCGGCGCCGGUCACUCGAAUUCUGAAGUAUAAUCAACCAGAAUGGCCAUAUCUGUUACUGGGCUCUGUAGGAGCAGCCUUAAACGGAUCUGUCAGCCCAGUUUAUGCCCUCUUAUUCAGCCAGGUUCUAGGGAUAUUUUCUAUCGCAGACAUGGAUGAACAGAGACGACAGAUUAAUGGGGUUUGCAUUCUGUUUGUUAUAGUGGGAAUUGUAAGCUUCUUCUCACAGUUCGUACAGGGGUUUGCUUUUGCUAAGUCUGGGGAGCUACUGACUCGCAGGCUAAGGAAGGUUGGUUUUCAGGCCAUGCUCAAGCAGGAGAUCCGAUGGUUCGAUGAUCCUAAAAAUAGCCCUGGGGCUCUUACCACCAGACUUGCAACUGAUGCAUCCAUGGUGCAAGGGGCUACUGGCUCCCAGAUUGGCAUGAUUGUAAACUCAUUGAUGAACAUUGGAGCCUCAUUUAUCAUUGCAUACUACUUCAGCUGGAAGCUGAGUCUGGUGGUGACCUGCUUCCUCCCUCUAAUUGGCCUGUCUGGUGUCUUCCAAGCCAAAAUGCUGACUGGAUUUGCUAAUGAGGACAAGAAAGCAAUGGAGGAGGCAGGACAGGUGUCCAGUGAGGCAAUAGCCAACAUCAGGACCAUUGCAGGUUUAGCCAAAGAGCAGCAGUUUGUGGACAUGUAUGAAAAGCAGCUGGAACCCCCCUACAAAGCAGCCAAAAAAAAGGCUCAAGUCUAUGCCAUCUUCUUUGCUUUCGCAAAAUGUGUUAUUUUCAUGGCAUAUGCAGCCUCCUUUAGAUAUGGUGGUUAUCUGGUUACCAAUGAGGGACUUCAUUAUGUGAUUGUUUUCAGAGUUAUCUCUGCUAUUGUUAUCAGCGGGACAGCUCUUGGAAGAGCGUCAUCCUUCACACCAGAUUAUGCCAAAGCCAAAAUCGCAGCUGAACAGUUUUUCACACUGCUGGACAGAGUCCCCAGAAUCAACAUUUCUCAGGCACACGGACUAAAAUGGACUGACUUUAAGGGUAAGAUUGAAUUCAAGAACUGCAGUUUCACAUACCCAAGCCGGCCAGACAUCCAGGUUCUGCGGGGGCUGGGGGUGACAGUGAGACCCGGUCAGACUCUUGCCUUUGUGGGUAGCAGCGGAUGUGGCAAAAGUACAUGCGUUCAGCUCCUGGAGAGGUUCUACGAUCCAGAUCUGGGCCAAGUGUUAAUAGAUGAACAUCCGUCUCAUGGUGUUAACGUACCUUUCUUGAGGUCACAGAUUGGGAUUGUAUCGCAGGAGCCUGUGCUUUUUAACUGCACCAUAGCAGAAAACAUCCAGUAUGGAGAUAACUCAUGCACUGUCAGCAUGGAGGAUGUUAUAGAGGCCUCUAAAAAGGCUUACCUCCAUGAAUUUGUGAUGAGCUUGCCUCAUAAAUACGAGACACAGGUUGGAGCUCAUGGCUCUCAGCUCUCUAGAGGGCAGAAACAGCGCAUAGCUAUCGCUCGUGCCAUUGUUAGAAACCCCAAAAUACUGCUGCUGGAUGAAGCUACCUCUGCCCUAGAUACAGAAAGUGAGAAGACGGUUCAGGUAGCCCUGGAUGAAGCUCGACAAGGUCGCACAUGCAUCGUCAUCGCCCACAGACUCUCCACCAUCCAGACUGCUGAUAUCAUAGCAGUGAUGUCACAGGGCACCAUCAUAGAGCAAGGGACGCAUGAAGAACUUAUGGCUAAGAAAGCAGCUUACUACAAGCUGGUCACUACAGGGGCUCCCAUUAGUUAA